CUGAGUGCAUACUGUUAGAAGUAUUAGCACUGACACGUAGCUCAGCGAACUUCACAAGAAAUAUUGUCAAGGAUGAAAAUGUUUCUAAGAAUUGUUCUGACUACAGCAUUAAUAAAACAAGUGUAUAUGCAGCUAGUUUCAGAUCAGAGCUGCUCUCCUUCAUGUCUCUUUGAUGAAGUUUGUGUACAAGACUGUGAAUGUAACCCGAGUUUCUACAGUAAUGCAGAUCCUGUGCAGUUUCUGAAAAUAGAGCCAUUAUGCACUCCUCAACAAGUCAUCAUUAACAUUACAGCAUGCCUGGAAAAAUGGCUGAAUAGCACUGGAUUCCUUCUACCAGAUAAAUAUCAACAGGGAUCUCCAUGUUUGAAUAGUACAUACAGACCCACAGCUGGUGUACUCAGUUAUGUUUUCAAUGUUCAGUCUGGAAAUACUGCCUGUGAUCCUGAAGUUACUAUCAAUGAAACCCACGUGUCCUACAGUAUUGAUGUCUUGUAUAAAUAUGACACAGAAGAUCGACUUGUUAUCCUUUACAAUGAUGUGCGAGUCACUUAUGUCUGUGCAUACCCCUUGUUUUUCAGUUCAUCACUAUCACUUACUGCAGAAGUUAUGACAAGCAGAAUGAGUUUAUUCAGAUUCUCCAAUUACACAGUGCCCUACACAUCUUCUGAUUUUCCAUUAAAUAUGACGAAAGACCAAGCUAUAUACAUUGAAGGAAUUGGAGAUGGUACUGAUCCAAAUAUGUUUUCACUGAAAGUGGUUGAUUGCUAUGCAACUCUUACAAGCAACUUCAGUAACUGUGCUAAAAAGUUUAUUAUCAUUAGCAGCUGUCUUAAGCCAAAUACUACUGGGGUUGAUAUCGUAAUGAAUGGAAAUUCUACAGUGACUCGUUUUUCUAUCAUGCUCUUUCAGCAAGUGAGCAAAAACGAAGUUUACCUACAUUGCAGCUUUGCAUACUGUGAAGGAUCUUGUAUUCCGCAAUGCAAUGCAAGACGUUCUGGAACUUUAUAUACAGAACUACAUACAGCAGGACCAUUCAUUCUCUCCACUCCGUGAGGCACAUUAUUUGAAAAGUAGAGUGGAAUAUGCAAAUAAAGCUAUUGUCCUAUAAACACCACAGAGAGUAAAACAAAACAACAUUUACAGUUAUAGACCGGUGAACUGCAACUUUAUUUUAUCGAUGGGAUUGUCUUAUUUCUGCCUGUUCUGGAAGACAGUAGAUAUAAAUAUGUUGUACACACCUGACAGAAAUGCAUCCCUCUGUUUGUUCCCUAAUAGCUGUCUAUUACAAAACAUUACUGCAGUACAAAGCAAUACUUUGCCGUAAAGUAACAAAACAUGGAUUGUUUCAUCCAGGCGAUUGCCUCUUAUCUGCUUUGGCUUUACUGGGUAAUGACAGCAAACUCCUUUUCCCCAAAGAAUGUUGUUGUUGCUGCCGAAUUAAAUGACAGAACCAAAUGUUUCAGGUUUCAGACUGUAUUGCAUUACAUAAUUAAUAAAUAAAUAAAUAAAUAAACAGGAAGACGCACUCAGAAAUACUGUAUUUAGUUUUCCCCUCUGCAAAUCCAAGGCAGGUUACUUUUCAUAAUAUUAUCACUCAAUCAGGCCUAUAGUGCUAUUAAAAAAAAUUGUUUGACAUUU